AUGGUGCUGACAGACUGUGUGAUCCUGCCACUAUCCAUGGUGCUGACAGACUGUGUGAUCCUGCCACUAUCCAUGGUGCUGAUAGACUGUGUGAUAUGUGGUAUUGACAGACUACAUGAUCCUACUACUAUCAGUGCUAUUGACAUACUAUGUGAUCCUGCCGCUAUACGUGGUACUCACAGACGACAUGAUCACAGUUUGUCAGCACCACGGAUAGUGGCAGGAUCACACAGUCUGUCAGCAUCAUGGAAAGUGGCAGGAUCACACAGUCUGAUACAUGUCAUGGAAAGUAACAGUUACAUCAUAGAAUGCACCACGUUUAGUCACAGCCAUAGCAUGAAAAGUGCCACAAACGGUAACAACUACAGCAUGAUAGGUACCACAAAUGGUAACAGCCACAGCAAGAAUUGUAACAUAAACGGUAACAACCACAGCAUGACAGACACAGUGUGA